AGGUUUGAAAGGUUGGCUCCGAGGUGUCGAGCUGCUCAGACAAUCGUGGUAAGAAAACAUGGCAAGUGGCGCUAGAAUGGCUGCGAAGUUUUACGACCUCACUGCCAAGCUUUUAACGGGGGAAACGUUCAAGUUCUCCUCCCUGCAGGGCAAAGUGGUCCUCAUUGAGAAUGUCGCGUCUCUCUGAGGUACGACCGUCAGGGAUUACACCCAGAUGAACGAGCUCCACGAGCGCUACGGCAGCAAGGGGCUCGUUAUCCUGGGAGUGCCCUGCAACCAGUUCGGCCAUCAGGAGAACUGCAAGAACGAAGAAAUCCUUCUGUCUCUAAAGUACGUUCGUCCUGGAAAUGGCUUCGAGCCGAAGUUCCAGCUCCUGGAGAAGGUGGAUGUGAAUGGGAAGGAUGCUCAUCCCUUGUUCAUGUAUCUGAGGGAACAGCUCCCAUUCCCCAGCGACGAGCCCUCCGCGCUGAUGGGCGAUCCGAAGUUCAUCACCUGGAGCCCGGUCUGCAGGAACGACGUGUCCUGGAACUUCGAGAAGUUCCUCAUCGGACCAGAUGGGCUCCCAUUUAAGCGCUACAGCAGGAGGUUCCUCACCAGUGACCUGGAGGGAGACAUCAAGACUCUCCUCAACCAAGCAAACUAAAGAUCCGUCCUGAAAUGUUGUUCAGCCAUCCUGUAUCUUCCACUUCAGCACUAUGCAACCUGUAGCGUACCUAGAAAAAUGCCCUGCAAAUCUUUUUCUAUAGAGGCUGUCCACUAUUCCAGACCCACAGUGCUCCUCUGUACACGAUGACUGUGUUCUGUUUUUACUUAAUGAAGACGUCCUCUGAAACCUCUGAGGAGGGUAUCUGAUGAAAUGUAAAAUGGUGAACGUCUCUGGUUCCUUGUGUGCAUGAUGAGCACUGCUGUGGUUUGAUAUACUGAGGAGAAAUAAACAGUUUGCUCAA